CCCUUGUCCAUUUCCUACUACAUCACAUAUUUCCACAAUGUUGGCUCGUCACUUGAAACACUCCCCAUAUAUUUUUUUCCGCUUCGCAUCCAGCUCCAAGGUCAUGACCACAGACGAAGCCCUCACCGGGAUAAAGUCUGGAAUCACCUUGUUGUCUGGUGGAUUCGGACUCUCUGGUGUUCCUGACACCAUAAUCAAUGCCUUGAAAGAGAGGACAGAGGUGCAAAACAUCACCGCCGUUUCGAACAACGCCGGGUUGGACGGCAGAGGGUUGUCACAGUUGUUGGUGACCGGGCAGAUUACCAAGAUGAUAUCUUCGUAUAUCGGUGGGAACCGCACCUUUGAAAAGAUGUACUUGAAGGGUGAAAUUGACUUGGAGUUGACCCCACAGGGGAACUUGGCCGAGAGAGUGCGUGCUGGUGCUGCGGGUAUUCCGGCAUUCUAUUCCCCAGCCGGAGCUGGCACCUGGUUGGAAGAUGGCUUGUUGCCGGUUAGAUACGACUCAACUGGCACCAAGGUGUUGAAGACCUCCAAGCCAAGGGAGACCCGCGAGUACGAUGGCCGCACCUUCUUGUUGGAGGAAGCCAUCAAGGGUGAUGUAGCUGUCAUCAAGGCCUACAAGGUUGAUACCUUGGGGAACUGUUGGUUCAGAGGCGCUGCACAGAACUUUAAUACCGUAAUGGGUAAAAACGCCAACUUGACCAUCGUAGAAGCCGAAAAUAUCGUCGAACCGGGUGAGAUCGAGCCGGAAAAUGUCCACUUACAGUCGAUCUACGUCAACAGAAUCGUUCAGUCCACAACACCAAAGGAUAUUGAGAUCUUCAAAUACUCCGAAGACAAGGCUGAGAUCAAGGUGGAUAACGUUUCAGCGGCAGACUUGAAGAGAGAGAAGAUUGUCAGACGUGCUGCCCAAGAAUUUAAGGACGGUUCUUAUGCCAACUUGGGAAUUGGUAUGCCAACCUUGGCACCAGCCUACUUGCCAAAGGGUGUUAAUGUAACUUUACAGUCCGAAAACGGUUUAUUGGGAUUGGGUCCAUACCCAGUCGAAGGCCAGGAAGAUGCCGACUUGAUUAAUGCCGGUAAAGAAACCGUCACCUUGAACCCGGGUGCCUCUUUGUUUGGCUCUGAGGAGUCCUUUGCCAUGAUCCGUGGGGGUAAGGUUGACUUGACCAUCUUGGGUGGCUUACAGGUUUCUGCCUCCGGUGAUCUUGCUAACUGGGGUUUGCCGGGCCGAGUGAAGGGUAUGGGUGGCGCUAUGGACUUGGUCGCCAACUCCAAGGCCACUAGAGUCGUUGUGGUCAUGGAACACGUUGACAAGAAGGGCCGCCCAAAGAUCUUGGAGACCUGCGCAUUCCCACUCACUGGUAAAGGCUGUGUUUCGCGUGUAAUCACUGACUUGGCCGUCUUUGAUGUUAUCGACUCCAAGUUGGUUUUAAUCGAAAUCGAUCCAGAAACUACUUUGGAGGAGAUUUCUGCCAAGACCGAGGCUCCUUACACCGUAUCCCCAAACUUGAAGACCAUCCAGAUCUAGUACCGCAUAUAGCUUAAAAGUUUUAAUAUAAUGGCAGACUGAC